CAGACCUCCCAGUUUUGCCCAAGCCGCUACGCUCUCGCCAUGGAGCGCCCCAUCGAUCUGCUUUGCGAGGAGGAACGGCUCCGGCGGCUGUCGGAGCGGGUGAGUUUGGACGAAGGCGAUGCAGCGGAACCGGCACGGCAGAGGCGUGCCAGGAUCCUGCUGCAGGAAAUGACCAAUCUGGGGCCCAGACUUCGGUCAAAGUCCAGUGAGGAUCGUCGAUCCAAAGCCAUUAGAGCUUUGGAAGCGGGCCUCCAAGCACGAUGGAAAGCCGUGGUCCACGAGAUGUCGGAAGCUGGUGGUGGCCACUCAGGUCCCGUAGGUCGUCAGUCGGCUGAAACCAAGCUGCUGGAUGCCCUGGAGACUGUGACGGUGCGCUCUGUGGUGGGGCUGCGAGGACUCACCGAAGUGCCCAAGGAGGUGGAAAGCGUAGCGCUGGCAGUGUUGACCCUGGUGAGUUCGGAGUACCUGGGCCUUGGUCCAGACUCAGAAACUCCUAGGACCUGGGAGGAAGCCAGAAGGGUGUUGUUGAAACCCGGGCAUUUCGUGAGUUCCCUUCGCAAGUUUCCCUUUGCCGUGGAGCAGGGGCAAGUGUCCACCAGCAACAUCAGCGUGGCGCAUGAGCUGAUGAGGGAAGUUGGGCCACAGAAAUCCAGUGAGCUGGCAAAAGUUCAUGACGGUGCCGGUCAGUUGUACAGUUGGUUGGUGGCUGCUUUGGACCUCACCUCCGCCUUGGGCUUCCGGUCCAUCGCAGCCGCGGCCAGCCCGGCACGCGCCGCCGCGCCUUGCCCAACGCCCGAGGCGUACCCGCGGUCGGAACCCGGCUCCCCGGUGCACGAGUUGCACGAGGAAAAGGCGAAGAAAACGAUCCCCGCACCCAAAGAGCCCAAGGCAGUUAGGUCGACCUCCCCAAGAGUGGCAGAUCGAGAAAAAACAGCAACUGCAAGUGGUCCAAGUGGACAUUUGAAGGCUACAACUGGUGUCUCCAAUGGGUACACGAAGCCAACCACGACAGCCCCCACAACGACACCAGCUGCGCUGACGUCGUCAAGAAACGCUGGUUUCAACCUGUCCUGGUCCAAUUUGAGUGGUGCUCCAAAGCCAGUGUUGCUUCAACGUUCCGGCCGUAUUUCAGCAGCAGGUGUCAGUCCAAAGAGACGUUCCAGUCCUUCCCCAACUCCAAAGCCAGUGGCGCCCAAGGUCACACAGGUUAGCGCCAAAUCGCCUUUGGCCCGUCCCAGGAACUCCCUCAAUGGAACCAGCUCGCCGCAACCCACACGACCUGCGGCGAAAUCGCCGGGUCCCUUCACACGCUCGCGGAGCGCGGGACGAGAUGCUAAGAACCAAGAGGUUAUGGCAACAGGCAAAAACAACCCUUUGUCCUUUGCGUCGAUUUCAAGUGCUGCCAUGCCGCUCUCCAAAGACUUUGCUGGGAUUCGAAUUGGCCUUGACAAAGAGAAGAAAGAGGUACGGCAGAUGAAGGGCAUAGAGUCGCAGCUGAAAUGGGACAUGUACCGCGAAGAGCGCAGCCAAACCGAGGAGGAGCGGCGUGAAGAGGCCCGGCAGAUCAUGGCAUGGCGAGACCGAGAAGCCAAAGAAAUGAGGGAAUACGUGGAGGGAAAGUCGCGAGACCAGCGUGCAAUUGAGCUGAUGGAGUCCAAGGAGUACCAGGAGUUCAAGCGUGCUUGGAAACAAGCUAUGCGAAAGGAGGAGAUCGAGAGGAUAAAGGUCCAGCUGGCCGAGAACAUGGACAAUGCUCAGUGGCGAGUGGACUUGCAGAAAGCUGUGGAAAUUGAUCGACAGCUUGCCCUGCAAGAGAAUAUGGAGGCUCAACAAGAGCUACGAGAGCUGAAAGAGAAGGAUCGACAGCGGGAGAAGGUGAUGCAAGACGAGGAACGGGCGCGCGACCUGGCUCUCGAAUAUGCGCACCAGGCGCAGCAGAUCUCCACGGAGAAAGAGGCGCUGCUGCGUUCCCUGGCGCUGCUACGGGAGCGGCAGAAGGCGCCUGUAGCGGGCACCCCCACGCGCGUGGGCACUACCUUUUGGCCGAUCGCCCGGUGACUUCAGCUGCAGCUGAGCAUUGCUGAGCCCAUUGGUUUAAUGGUUGGGACUGGGUCAAGGUCAACAUAUGUUUGGACCCACGGUUGGCUUAUU